AAUUAAGGCUUCAUUAGAUCAGACUUGUCCCAUUGGAGGUGUAUAUAUAAAGCCAGGGUGAGGGCAAUAGUCUGCGUGUAUCGUGAGUGGAGAUAUUCAACGGUCUGGGAUGUCCAAAGUCAAGGCUGCACCCCCACCGGGGUGCACAAUCAACAUCAACGACCCUCAGGUACAAGAGGCAGCUAUCCGCAUCCAGGCUUCAUAUCGGGGCCAUCGGUCGAGGAAAGAGCUACGUGAGAAAGGGCCACCAAAGUUUCUGCAGGAGCUAAAAGAUGUGCUCUUGUUGGAAGGAAGUGCGGCAAAGUUGGAGUGCCAAGUCAGCGCUUUCCCUGACCCCUUUAUCAUCUGGUCAAAAGAUGGAAAAGAGCUUAAAGAUGGACCCAAGUAUCGCUAUGUGUUUGAGGACCCUGAUGUUGUGGCACUAGUGGUGCGUGAUGGAGAGUUAGCAGAUCUGGGAAGAUACACUGUUACUAUUAAAAACCCCUUUGGUCAGACAUCUGGCUCUGCCUGUAUCAUAGUGGAGGUCCCAGCUAAGGUGACCAAGGGACCAGACAGUGUGAAAGGCAGGAGAGGGACCACAGUGGUGCUGAAGGCAGAGAUCAGUGGGGAACCACCCCCUGACGUUGGCUGGCUCAAGGAUGGAGAUGACAUAGAGGAAGAUGACAGAGUAUUUUUCGAUGUAGGUGACACCAACACCAUUCUCACUAUCAAAAGUGUACGGCCAUCGGAUUCUGGAAAGUAUGAGGUGUUUGUGGAGAACAACUUGGGAACGGAUCAGUCCUUUGCUCGAGUCGACAUCCUGUGAGGACCUCACACUCUUACCUUCCGAACUGGAAGGUUAUUCGGUGUGUGUAUGAUAUAUUCUGAUGUUUCUAGACAGUUUAUGAUCGCCUGUAUUAUUAAAGAGAAUUACAUUAUGGCAUUACAUAUAUACUGAACAAUCCAUUAUUAUUAUUAUUAUUAUUAUUAUUAUUAUUAUUAUUAUUAUUAUUUUUACCAAAUAACCUGAGAACACUAUUUACGUGUUACAUUCGGGGUUUUUAGUAGCACUGACGAAGGUCACAUGUCAAAAUAGCAAGAUAUGCAAAAAUCUACUUACCCUUUCAAACAUGCAAUAAUAAA